AGGGAGGAGCGAUCGUAGUAUUUCUCCUCAUUUCAAAUCCCUGUCGUGGCAGCCCGGCCAGAGCACUUUUCUCCCCCCUAGAAACCAAGUGGUAAAACAACCAAGAUCGAGAGCUUAGUGCAUGUCCUAAAUACCGAAAGGAGGACUUUAGGAGGAGGAACCAUUAGUUUGAAGGAACGCUGUGGUGGUAUCGGCUCAACGUGUUCACUCGUGUCUCUGCACUACACUGGAUACGCGAACCGCCUGGACGCUUUGACUUCUCCGGAUCACUCUCAAAACCCGCCAAACAUUCACAAGAACUUGAAGCUGAACAGGAGUGUGUGUUAAACCGCUGAGUCAGCGGUGGGUUUUGCCAAACACUACACAAAUACGUCCAUGGAUCGCGAUCAACAUCUCUGUGCUGGAAGAUCGGAAGGUUGGCUGCCUUUCUCUCGGCUGUGACGCGCCUUCAUAACUUAACCAUUCAUUCAGCAACGCACGGAUCCUUGACACCACGGUGGCGGCCUACAGUUCCAGAGAUCCCAGGCCUGGGGAAAUCAUUAACCAGAGACAACACACAACAGGACACUGACCUCAUCGUAUAUUGUCACAUUAUCGCUGUGCGUCUGGGUCGGAGAGUGAGGCGGGCUUGGUUGCGGGCGUCGCUCCGCAGAGCCGUCCGAUGACUGUCUGACUCAUCACAACCCGCGAAUGACAGGCGUGCAUUCGAGGGUGGGGCCCGCCUCAGUCUCACAUGAUUGGUCGCUGGAUGGAAAUAAGGUGAAUGGAACACAUGCCCAAGGAGCAGGACACAAACCAAUCAGAGGGAGAAGAGAAACGGUGGCUCGAUGGCCCGAAAAGGAAGAGAAAGAACAGCCAGUGUUCGAUGAAGAGCAUGUCGGGGUAUAUCCCCAGCUACCUGGAGAAGGAUGAGCCAUGUGUGGUGUGUGGGGACAAAGCAACCGGCUAUCACUACCGCUGUAUCACCUGCGAAGGUUGCAAGGGAUUUUUCAGGCGCACCAUCCAGAAGAACCUCCACCCAUCUUACUCCUGUAAAUACGAUGGCUGCUGCAUCAUCGACAAGAUCACCCGGAACCAAUGCCAGCUGUGUCGCUUUAAGAAAUGCAUCGACGUGGGCAUGGCAAUGGAUCUGGUUCUGGACGAUUCCAAACGGGUUGCGAAGAGACGUCUCAUUGAGGAGAACCGUGAAAAGAGGAAGAAGGAGGAGAUAGUGAAGUCUUUGCAGAAUCGGCCAGAACCCAGCAGCUCAGAGUGGGAGUUGAUUCGCAUGGUGACAGAAGCUCACCGUCAUACCAACGCACAGGGCUCUCACUGGAAACAGAAGCGCAAGUUCCUGCCGGAGGACAUUGGACAAUCUCCAGUUGCCCCCACAUCAGACGGGGACAAAGUAGAUCUGGAAGCCUUCAGCGAGUUCACCAAGAUCAUCACACCGGCCAUCACACGCGUCGUCGACUUUGCCAAAAAACUGUCCAUGUUUUCGGAGCUGCCUUGUGAGGAUCAGAUCAUUUUGCUGAAGGGCUGCUGUAUGGAGAUCAUGUCCUUGCGUGCUGCGGUCCGGUAUGACCCUGAAAGCGAGACCCUGACACUCAGCGGAGAGAUGGCCGUCAAGCGAGAGCAGCUGAAGAACGGAGGCCUGGGCGUGGUGUCUGAUGCCAUCUUCGACCUGGGCAAGAGCCUGGCGCAGUUCAACCUGGACGACUCCGAAGUGGCCCUGCUACAGGCCGUACUGCUCAUGAGCUCAGAUCGCACAGGCCUGACAUGCAUGGAGAAGAUCGAGAAUUGUCAGGAGAUGUUCCUCCUGGCGUUCGAACACUACAUCAACUAUCGCAAGCACAACAUUCCCCAUUUCUGGCCCAAGCUGCUGAUGAAGGUGACGGACCUGCGCAUGAUCGGAGCCUGCCACGCCAGUCGCUUCCUGCACAUGAAGGUGGAAUGCCCCACCGAACUCUUCCCUCCGCUUUUCCUGGAGGUCUUUGAGGAUCAGGAGGUGUGAGGUUGCCGAGGAGCCGCGGCAGGAGAAUCAGGAACUUUUUUUCGAAACCGUGUUUCUCACCCCUUCUCACGGCCCUCCACGCACCAAACUCACCAGCAGCAGCUGCAUAGGUGGGGGUCCUCACCAAAACGGCUUUCAUACGGGGUUUCAGCCGACAGCUUUUUUUUACAGAAUGCUCAGCCCUCCCCGUCUACCAAACUCUGUGCGCUUGGCCCUUCUGUCUGUGUAUAAUGUCUUAUAUCAACACCGUAGACACACAACAUACAGAUAUAUAAACACACUCACUCUCAAGUCAAGUACAGACUAAAAACCUCCAGAGAGGUUAUAUACAUUACACAAACAGACACUGCACUGCUGUCAUGACUUCUCUGUAAUUCAGAGCUCGGAGGAGAAUGUCAACUCCGUCUGCUAAGACUGGACGGCGAGGGCUUCGCUGGCAUACGCUGCGUCGCAGCUCACAUAGAUUCCUCUCACCAGUUUGUGAAGUGGUCAGUUAAUUUCAGCCGUCUCGAGAGGUUACAGUACAGUAUAUACCCACCGCAGAUACUUCGAGUCCGCCCUAACGCGGAGCUUUCUGAACGGACCUCAUUAUUCUCUUGCUUGCUCAAUUGAGCCUGUGUGUUGGAGAUUUCUGAACCAAAUCAGGUGCUAUAUUUAACUCAAGCUUCUCAAAAUGAUUUGGGACCUUUAGAGAACACACCCUCCCUACGGCUUUUCAGUGCACGCUCGGGGGUGCCGCUCACGAAUGCCGUGUGCGCGCCGCUUUGUGCUCCGUCACGCUGGCCCUUUCAGAAUGAUAAAUGAGCUCUUCUGUCUCUCACGAAAGUCACGCAGAGAGAGAGAGAGAAGGGAUAGGUUUCACCCCCGAGAUUUGUUGACACGCAUCUGAAUGGCACUGAAUUGUAUGUUUUGCAGGUGUUGGGAGGGAGUCAGUAUUAAAAUCCUCUCGGACCCAGCACACACACACACAAUUAUACUCAAACACACCUCAAAACUCGGAUGCCUCAUUUUUACUGUAUGCACUAUGGCGCUGUUGUUCCGGACCCCCAUGCGGGGCUUUGGCGGUCCGGUCCAGCCCCUCUGUGCGCCGCUCAGAUGCUACUGUUGCCCGGUCUGUGUGAAAACACAUACACACUCCUAACGGGCCCUGGUAGACUGGCUGUUGUUGUUUUUCUUUUGUUUGUUUGUUUGUUUUACCUCAAACGUGGGCACACCUCCAGCUGGCUGUGGAUCCAAGACUGCCUCUGUGCUGACAGGUUCUACCUCACCUCUGAACGCAGGGCAGCUACACACCCUCAGCCUCCUCACACACAAACACACACACACUGACAGCCAUAAAACAACACAAGAGGAGGAAAAAACUUUCUCAGACUCUCUCAGUUGUCACACAGUUGUAAUACCACUGAAGACAGGAGGGCCCGCCAUUCCUUUUCGUAGCCUGUCAGACUCCAGGUUUCUUAACUCUGGGCUGAGAGAAAAAAUUCUGUAUUUCUGUUCUUUGCGUGUGGGACCACGUGUCACUUUGAAAAUUCCGUCAAAACGGGAGCUCAUUUCGGCUGACAGCGAACUCGACCGUACAAGCCGCUGACAAUGAAGAGGAGCUGAGCAGAGAGUUCGAACGUGUGAGAAGAUGGACCCAAGGAGGCCAGGGCCUAAACCGAAUGGGUCUAUCGCCGUUUUUUCGAUUUCAUUAUUUCAGAACCAAACAAAGAUCGACUGCAAGUCGAGUGAGGCUGGUUUCUUCAGGGUGCUGGAGAGAGAAAAAAGGAGGAGGGACAGGGGAGUUGGGGCAACUAAGAGCACUUAGCUUUGAAAGAGGCUUCAUGGACAAUUCCCGAGGCACCUCCAAGGGGUUUUUGCACUAAGGCAUGAUGGGAAACACCCCCCUCCCCUCGCUUUUCCACAGCGGCUGAUUGGUGUUUAAGGCGUGCACUCUUUCCAAAGGACACUUCCCCAUCCUCUCUGUCAAACAUAGGCCACACCUCCAUGUGCUCUUGGCCACACCCUCAGAGUCAGUAUUAAGUCAACUAGUUUUUCUCUCAGCAACAAAUGGUGGAACGGUCUUACACACACACACACACCCUUUGUCCUCGCCCCUUUGAAGCCAGCUGUGGCUUUAGAUGAUCACCAAACAGAAACGGACCUUUCCCUUGUGUGACAAGGGAGCAGCCGUAGCCAUGCAAGGAAUGGCAGCACCGCAUGAAUGUGAACGAGGAUGAAAGAGGAUCCUCGCUCUAUAAUGGGAGGUUGCAAAGCAAAGAAGACAGCCAAUCGUGGGCUGCUGAUCACAAUGAAUGGAGGUAAAACCAGGAUAAACCCAGGACGGUUGCGUGUCCACCUGAACCUCACACAGUUCAUCGCCAAGAGGGAAGCAGCAUUCGGAAAAUGGCGACGGAGGUUCUGAUUGGCUGAUAGCGGAGGGUUGAUGCUGCUUUACCUUUUGAAUUUUAUUCGAGAGAAAGAGUUAAAAAAGAUGAUGCAAAUAAUUACAAACCCAAAAAAACAAAUUAUAAAGAUGACUCCAGAACAAAGUUAAAAUGGAGCUGAUUAAGCUGUUGGUUUUGUUCAGUUUUCUUUUUAUGUUUUUAACUAAAAUAAUGUGUUUGUUCGUUUUUGAUGCUUAACUGCUCUAUGUAAGAGAGAAAACAACAGCCGUAGUCACUUUUUUGACCAUGCGUGCAGUGUAAACUAGACGAAAUGUCACCUGUUUUUCACCUCACUAUAGUUUGUAUUGAUAAGUCAACUGCUCUGUUUGUCUGUGUAUCUGUCCUUUGUCCGUCUUUUUAUCAAGAGGAAUUUACAACAAGAAAACAGGAAUAUUUUCUUUUUUAUAUUUUGUUUUCUUUUUUUAUGAAAGAAGACUAGAAAAUGAGAAUACAAAAAAAGGAAAAAAAACUGAAACACAAUCUACUCAUACCUCACACAACACAAUGCUUAAAUGAACUUGAGAAGAGUUGUUCUCUGUAUGGCACUUGUGUCCGAGUGCAUCCAAUGUGUCGAACCGUACGACGGGGUGCGCGCGCUUGUUGCGCGUGAGCAUUCAUGAGAUCGCAGAAACACGUGGCUUCCUCUUCAGGCUUCAAUGCGAGAGCCCAUUUACGUUGGUUUCAAACAUGGCUUAUUGAUUCAGACAGGAAUCGGCGCGAAGGCUGAAGGUGAAGUUGUGUGUAUCUGUGACAGCAGAGGGUGCUUCAUGGUAUUGAAUGUAGCUGACAGAACAAGAACCUCACUUCAGGUCACCAGCAGAGUGGACAGUACUGUCAAAAUGAUGUUACACAAACAACUUACUAAGCAUAUAUUGCCCGCCUUCGAGGUGCAAUACUUUGUUCAGUUUUGUUCUGUUGAUUUACUUUUCUUUUUUGUACUUGUACAAUGUUUUGGCCAUAACCAAGGAUGUAAAUACAAAACGAAGAUAUUUAAAUCACUAUAUGUUAACCAUAUGCAACUUCACAUACUGGAUGUUGAGGGCCAGAACCGAGCCACGCCGGCUGAUCCCGAUAGUUUGUAAAGUAAAAAGAAAACCGCUUACGUAGCUCUGUAAAUGCUUCGCACAUGUGUACGUGUGCUUUUAUGUGCACUCGCAAGCGCGCAUGUAAGAUACUGAUAUGAAGAAGUGCCCCAUGAAAUUAACAAUCCGACCCCGUGCCUCAGCUUACCUCCCUCCGCCCUGCGCUUAUACCAUGUUAAUGGCAUGCUGACCGCUCUUUUCCAACAGGGUCAUGAUGGUUGAUCUGUAGGUUAGAUGGUAGAGAUGUACAAAAAGAGGCAUUCAGAGAAUGAGGAAGAGCUUUAUACCCCCAAAACAAUGUCUGGUACCCAGAAGCACUUAUAUAGCUGGCCGACCCACUGCCAAUUCGAUUUCUCAGGCUCCUAGAGCUCCAUGCGUCCAUACACAUUUGCACAUGCGCUUAACAGAAAUGAGGAGAACAGUAGAUACUGGUUUUGUUUUUUAUUUGCUUUGGUGGUGGUUUUGUUUUGUUUCAUACCCUUUAAACAAAUGUUCAUUUUUGUGUUUUCUUUUUUCUUCAAAGAGAAGGAAAAAAUGCCCAGUAGCAAGAAUGUCUAUGCAAUGCUCUACCCUCUGAUAGCAUGCUGGCCGUUCCAUUAAGCCCCGGUAAAUGGGCGUGUCUAACACUCCCACCUCAAAGCCCCACCCACUGCAACUGCAUGAGCCUCAGUGAGUUUGUCUGUUCAUCAGUCAGUCGAUCUCAUAGACAUGGGAAGGAACACCGAACCUGCUGCCCGAGAUCUGCUCUGUUAAACGGAGCCAGAGACCUCACAAACACGGGCGGCAGCUCAACUCUCCGCUGAUCUUCGAUGUCAUCCGCUGUUGUUUGUAUGAAUGUGUUUGUGUAAAACGCUCUCUUGGUUUGGUGGAUUGGUAUUGCCUAUUAGAAACCAAAAAAGUCAACAUUGUGGCCCACUUUAGCUGGAUUUGAUAACAGAUUAAAGCUGGUGAAUGAAACAUCUCCAAUGAGCUGAAGUGAUCAAUAAAUGCUCUUACUGUUUUUUUAUUAACCAGUUAUAGACACUUACUUGGCUUACAGUACUUAGUAGUGGUACUUGAAUCUACCAAUGUUAAAGCUGAAGUGUUUAAUUUUGUUAAAAUGUAUUAUGCAAUUAUAUAAAAUGUAUUAGUAUGCAGAGAAAGGUUAGCUUUAUUUUAUUUAAGUGCGAGUAUUGAAACUAGUAUACAAAAUUGACAACCAAUGGCAUGAGAUUUGGGCGGAACUAUCUGGCCAACCAAUUGCAAGUAGAGAAAUUGUUUAGGAAAAAUGAUAGAAUCACAAUAUUUUCAAUUGUAUUUGGUGAUGCUAUUAACACAGAAAUUACACACUUUAGCUUUAACAUACAAGGCGUCUGGAGAGCAUGCAGUUCAGCAACUGGAUUUUAACAAGUGCACCACAUUCAUAAAAUCGAGAUGCACAAACCCAACUGUCGAGUUUAACUAGCCGCUCUCGACACUGUGAUGUCAAAGCCCUCAAUUUCGGUGCACUACUGCUAAGUUGAAUGUAAGUGUCUUAAAAUGAUUCGAUUUGUGUUCUUGAAUAUGUUGAAGUGUGUUGAAAAUGCACCCAGCCAUGAGAGUGUGCGCAGAGAGCGGGGAAGGUGUCCAAAACAUGUUUCAAAUGAGACUGGAAAGGAAAGCUAUUGAAGGAUUCUCUCAGGUAUCAACAAAAUAAAAAAGAUGAAAAAAGAAAUAUAACAAACUUUUUUUAAUAAAUGUUGAAAAAUUCCAGCCACACCCUUUUGUUAGCUCAUCAUUCUUUGCUCUCUGAGUUUAUGAUGUGCUGUUUGUGUCCUGUGGUCUUUUUCCAUUUAUUGUUCAUCAUAUUUUUCUCUCGCCGCACUACACACAUUUCUCCUGCACUCCAUCUUGGGGCUGGUUCAAAUGAGCUUGUAACAGGCUGUCAUAUAAAGUUUCAGCAGUGAAACACAUCUCUGCUCAUGUCAACAUUUAAGCCGUGAGCCCGUAUUUCUGCAAAACAGUUCUUGAUACGAGCAAGAGGCAAAAGGUCAAAUUAAUUAUGUUUUAUAUGAAAAACUGUCCAGCAGAUUCAGACAACGCUGUUUUAAAAUGUGAACAACCUGUCACAUGCAAUUUUAUCAUCCGUUUCCUUAUCUUAAGGUAAAAGGUUAAAUGUUCAUAUUCAUGGAAAGGAUCCUACUUAAAGACCUCAUGAGUUCGCUUGACAAUUGUUGUUUUCUGUCGUAUGUUGACAUUUUUGCAUCACAGACCAAUUUUUGGUCUAGAGGGCAUACGAUAAAGUAUUUGUAGCGCAAGUUAUCAAUACGUUUGGUUUGUUUUCCUUAAAGAGAAAGGAGAAAUAAUGUGAAUUUUGUCAAUAGGAGUACAUUAGCAUACAGCUAAUAUUAAAGCUAAUAGACACAAAAUUACAUUUUUGUUUUCGUGGGGUCUUUAAUGACCAUCAAAAUAUCCAUCAUUUGGACUUUGUGUGCAUGUUUUUGUGCUGUGAAUAUGUGCCAGCUGGUGGUUGUGAGCGUGUUUGUGCAUCUGUUUUGUAGCGAUCCUGUGGCUGAAUUUGCUGACUGAGUCUUUUGUUGUUGGACCUUCGAGCAUGCAUUGAGGCUCUUUUGAUGCAGUAAAGAAACAAAUACCAUUUAAAACUGAGAGUAUUUCUUUGAGGAAUGCACACUGAGGGUGUUACAUGUUGGUGAAGGACAGCGGAGUUCAAUGAUUUGCAUUUAGUUCCAACUUCAAGCAGAAUCACUAAUGAUUUUCAGUCGCUAAUGGAACAUUUGUUUUACUCUAUCACAUGAACAGCACAUUCAUUGGUCGAGGCGGUUGCUGUUCCCCUUGUGCUUUUUGUAUUGAGUGAAGUUCGCGUACUUGAAGGUACAGUCAUGAUUUGCUCGUGGGCUCCAGAGACAAUGUCAUCCGAUGUAAUUAAACGCUAAUUGGAAAGUAAUUCCUCCUCAUUAAAAAAAGAGAAGCAGUCCAACUCUAUGCCGUUUACUUGGAAAGGAGAUGACUUUAUUUUGGCAGCGUAGCCUGAAAACGGUUCUCAGCUAGUUUGGAGAUGGCAUUUAAGUGGUGCUAGUAGUCCUUAAUAUAAAUUCUGAGAUAUAAGCUGUCAUCCCCUCAACCAAAUUUCCUGCUUGAAUGUUUUGUGUUUUUGUGCGGUUGGUAUUGUCUACAGAAAUAUUUUAUUUCAAAUGCAUAAACAGAGAGGAAUGUGCAGAUGUGUUUAGCCAGUCACACAAGAACCUAUUUUUAUGGCCAAUAUUUGUGAUGGUAAUAUUAUGCAAAGAAAGCUACGUCUUGGAAAUUCUUAUGCAAAGUUUGUCAGGUCUUUUUAAACGGCUGCUUUCGAAUCGGCUUGCUCAGGUUUAUUUUCAGGACGUUUAUCAAACUUGUUUGUUGGAUGUUUUUAAAAAACGACAUUCGUGGAAUGAAAUGUAUCUCACAAUACAGGUGCAAACAAAAAGGUUCAUAUAUCAAGGUUUUUCUUUCUAGUUAUUUGUGUACACCUGAUUUAUAUGGAUUACAAUGCACACAUGCACGUCUUGUUAUGUUGUCAUUCUUGUCUCAGUGGUCCGCUGGUUAUUUGCCAAAUCUUUCAUGUGUUUGAUCUAUUUUGUAUUGAAUGAGGAGACAAACCAGUAUAGUUUAUAAAGUAAGUUAAAUCUUCAUAUAUCUGGGUUGUUGUUUUUUUAAUCCCAGCAAAAACAGUUCACUUUUGGUCACCAAUAAACUAUAGUCAAAAUGACUACAGGACCUUAAAUAAUAUAUUCACUGCCUACUUUUGUG